GCUCGCUGCUCGCGGAUUCCGCAUUCAACCGCGGACCGUCUGUGGAGCGCACGCUCGCGCCAGUUCUGUCCAGCGUCGUACUCGACUACACAACCUACACCAACACUGACGCCAUUGACACUUGGAAAUAAAUCAUCGUCAUUGAACAUGAUAGGCGAAGAAGAACGUGAACACCAAUGCAAAGAAUGCGGGUUGAGGCUUUCGACUCGGAGUGCACUAACAGCUCACACGCGCUCACAUCGAGUCGCCGCCGAUGCUCACAGAUGUGAUGUUUGUCACAAGACUUUCGCCGUGCCGGCACGUUUAGUGCGCCACUAUAGAACUCACACAGGGGAACGACCCUUCGAAUGUGAAUACUGUCACAAGAUGUUCAGUGUGAAGGAAAAUCUUCAAGUGCAUCGACGGAUUCAUACUAAAGAGCGACCCUAUAGAUGCGGAGUUUGCGGAGCUGCGUUCGAACAUUCCGGUAAACUGCAUCGUCACGCUAGAAUACAUACCGGGGAGAGGCCACACGCCUGCCCACAUUGCCAUAAGACGUUCAUACAGUCGGGACAAUUAGUAAUUCAUCUUCGUACGCACACUGGUGAAAAGCCCUAUAGAUGCCCCGCGCCCGGCUGUGGCAAGGGGUUCACUUGCUCAAAGCAACUCAAAGUGCAUUCGCGUACUCACACCGGAGAACGCCCCUAUACUUGCGAAAUAUGUUUACGCGAUUUUGGUUACAAUCACGUAUUAAAACUACAUCGCUUCCAACAUUUCGGGGAACGCUGCUAUCGUUGUACAGUAUGCGAUGGGACCUUUAACACUAAGAAGCAGAUGGAAGCUCACAUUUAUAAGGAACACGGAGCGGAGACACCUAGAGCACCAACGGCUACGCAGUACACUGUACCAUUAGUUGUAAAAGGCAAUGUAAUGUGUGAUAUUGUAGAAGCUGCAUUGCAACAAUUACCUCCCACUCCACCUAGUUCUCCGCCGUCACCUCCUUGCCCGAUGCCGACACCGAUGCAGACAACAUCCACGCCACCGUUUACUUCACCGCUACCGUCUCCUUCGCCACCUGCUAUAAAUACUUCCAUGACAGUUAUGACACUCGCUCCUUCAUCGCUUCCUCCCCGAAAACGUAAAAUCAUUCCACAAGUAGAAUCUGUGCAAGUGGAGCCAGUAGUACGUCAUACAUCCGUUAUACAGUUCGCUCCUCCGGCUACAGAGUCUUCGUAGCAUUUGUUUCACAAUUUUUCUCAAUAAUUCGAUGUUCAAGUUAGCUAAUAAGGCUUUAUUCUAAUCGAAGGCUGUAAGAUGACUGUAUGAGUCUGUAGUGAUAGUUUAGUAGAGCAUACAAUGAUCAUCAUCGUCAGUGACGUGAGCCAGGUUUGAAGUUUUUUGUAAUGCUGCAAUGAAUGUAUUGUUUUAAAUUUUAAUCUUGAAAAAAGACUAAUUAGAUGUUUAAACGUAUUUGUGCUGUCAAUAUUAAUAGAAUAAGUUUUGUAUUUAUACUAUGUGUUAUUAUUCUUAAGUAAAAAAAUAUAAGUUGAA